UCAGACUACAAGAGUCCAGCUACCGCAGCAGAACCCACACAACCGCUCUUACACACACGGAUGGAGAACGGGAGCUGGCUUGGCGGUGAUGUGUUUAGACUUUUUGGUCUAUUUAUCAGCUCUUUCUUAGGUCAUUUCUACGGGGAGAAAAUCUAAGUCUUCCAUGAUGAAACUUGUGUUGGUUUUUGCUGUGGUUGCGUAUUUCUUUGCAGAAAAUCUAUCACUUCCCGUUGGAGAAGAACGACAGCGAGAGGAUGUGGUAACACGGUGCUUGGUUGAGGUCCUGUCCAAGGCGUUGACCAAACCUGACUCUCAUCCUCUGGAUCAGGAAUGUAAAGAUAUUCUCAAAGCAGGUGCCCAACAUGCUGUUCCUGUGGAGAAGAAAAGUGAUGAGGUGCUGACUAAUGAAGAGGGCAAAGCACAUCAACCUGAUCCUGAGGCACCAGGGGCCGACGUGAAAGACAUCGAGGCCCUCCUGAAGUCUGUGGAGGAGAAGAGGGAGACACCGGAGGAUGAAGAUCGCAGCCAGGAGUCAUGGGACCUCAACUACGAGAAGGAGAAAAGGAUUUGGAAACCAACGCACAGGUAUCAUCAUAAGAAACCCAAUCACAAACGUGAUGAGGAGGUUUCUGAAGAUGUGAGAGAAGAGCCAGAAGAAGAACGUAGUCAGGAAUCCUGGAGCCUGGGCAAUGAGAAGGAGAAGAGAUAUAGGCCUACCUAUCGGUACACCCCAAAGAAACACCACAAACGAGACGAAGAGGGUUUAGAGGAAGAGAGAGAAGAGCCAGAAGAGGAACGUAGUCAGGAAUCCUGGAGCCUGGGCGAUGAGAAGGAGAAGAGAUAUAGGCCUACCUAUCGGUACACCCCAAAGAAACACCACAAACGAGACGAAGAGGGUUUAGAGGAAGAGAGAGAAGAGCCAGAAGAGGAACGUAGUCAGGAAUCCUGGAGCCUGGGCGAUGAGAAGGAGAAGAGAUAUAGGCCUACCUAUCGGUACACCCCAAAGAAACACCACAAACGAGACGAAGACGGUUUAGAGGAAGAGAGAGAAGAGCCAGAAGAGGAACGUAGUCAGGAAUCCUGGAGCCUGGGCGAUGAGAAGGAGAAGAGAUAUAGGCCUACCUAUCGGUACACCCCAAAGAAACACCACAAACGAGACGAAGAGGGUUUAGAGGAAGAGAGAGAAGAGCCAGAAGAGGAACGUAGUCAGGAAUCCUGGAGCCUGGGCGAUGAGAAGGAGAAGAGAUAUAGGCCUACCUAUCGGUACACCCCAAAGAAACACCACAAACGAGACGAAGAGGGUUUAGAGGAAGAGAGAGAAGAGCCAGAAGAGGAACGUAGUCAGGAAUCCUGGAGCCUGGGCAAUGAGAAGGAGAAGAGAUAUAGGCCUACCUAUCGCUACACCCCCCAAAAACACCCCAAACGAGAUGAAGAGGGUUUAGAGGAAGAGAGAGAAGAGCCAGAAGAGGAACGUAGUCAGGAAUCCUGGAGCCUGGGCGAUGAGAAGGAGAAGAGAUAUAGGCCUACCUAUCGGUACACACCAAAGAAACACCACAAACGAGAUGAAGAAGACGAAGAGCGCAGUCAAGAGUCCUGGAGUCUGGGCGAUGAGAAAGAAAAGAGAGAGGAGGAUGAUGAGGAAAGAAAGAAGAGGAUCUGGAAACCCACCCAUCGGUACCACCACAAGAAGCACCACAAACGCAGUGAAGAUCCUUCAGAGGAAGAGGAGGAGAAAGAUAAGAGAAUUUGGAAACCCACACACAGAUAUCACCACAAGAAACACCACAAACGAGGUGCUGACUCAUCGGACGAGGAAUCAGAGGAGAAGAGAUCAGAAGAGUCAGAGGAAGAGGAGGAAGAGGAUAGAGAGAAGAGAAUCUGGAAGCCCACACACAGAUACCACCACAAAAAACACCACAAACGUGAUGAGGAGCUUUCAGAAGAAGGGAGAGAGGAGCCAGAUGAAGAACGCAGCCAAGAGUCCUGGAGUCUGGGUGAUGGAAAGGAGAAGAGAGAUGAGGAUAUGAUGAGAGAUGAGGAUGAGAGAGAAAAGAGGAUCUGGAAACCCACCCAUCGGUACCACCACAAGAAGCAUCACAAACGCAAUGGGGAUUCCUCAGAGGAGGAAGACGAGGAGCGAAGGAGCGAUUCGGACGAACACGAGGAGGAGAAGAGGCAUGGAGAUGCCGAGGAGGACGAGAGACAGAGGGAUAGGCAGGAGGCUCUGAGGUACCUGGCAGAGAAGAGUCGUCUCCUGGGCGAGGUGUAUGAGAAACGUUCUCCCUGGGCUUACAGAGGAUACUACCACCCCGCCUGGUGGAAGAGAAGCAUAGACCCACACACACCAUUGCAUAAGAUGGAGGAACUGGCGAAGUUGCUGUCCUAUAAGAAUCACCAGCUGGCCAGCCAAUCAGAGCUGGCAGACGAGGAAAAGAAGAGGAGCGUAUCUCUAACCCCAGAGGAGGAGAAGGAGCUGGAGAACAUAGCAGCUAUGGACAUGGAGUUACAGAAGAUAUCUGAGAAGAUGCAGGAGGACAGGAGUGAAUAGAUAGACAGGCAGAGGCAUGCAGACAAGGAUGCUAAGAUACACAAGGUUAGCACACUGAGAUAGUAACGAGAGAGCGAGAGCGAGAGCGAGAGAGAGAGCGAUCGCCUGACCCGUCAACGUUCCGGACAAAAAAAAACACUAACAUCCAAGAGCCUUGCUGCAAAUUCUGCUGUGUUAACCUUUGUACCUGUGAAAUGUUGAUGUUCUCAAAAGAGACUGUUUAGUUAAUAUAUAAGUAUAAUAGUAUAAAGAUAAAGUAGAUGCUUUGCUAAUUUGUCCGGAUAACUAUAUAUUUAAAGUACGCAUGACAGUUUUGUUCAAACGUUUGAAUGGUUGUUUGUUCAGUCUGCAUUUAAUAAAAUUAAUUAUUCUGGGACCAAAUUUAA